GCCGGCCCCUUCCGGUUGCGUAAUCUCAGCGUGAUGGCGGCGCCUAGGGCGCCCCUGCACCUGGUGACCCCAGUAUGGAGCGGAGGUACCUGGGGCAUUCGUGGCCUGAGCAGUGCUGUGGCCCCAGAGGGCAAUAAGAAGAGGACGCUGCUUCAGUUACUGUGUGGCUACUUCAGUGGUGUCCGGGUGCUGAGGGAGUACCAGUUCAGAAAGCAGCUACAGAAGGUGCAAAAGAAAAAUCGAUCCUUCACCUAUAUCCAGGACCGCUACGGCCCGGACAUCGCUGGAGCCUACUUCAUCCUGAAGCUGGGAGGCUCAGUCAAGUUUCAGGGCAAUGAGUGGAUGGGGCCAAAGGACCAUGGCCACUCAUUGGACGUCUUGAAGCUCCAGGCAGUGCCUGUGGAGGCUGUUGAUGCCAGUGGUUGUGCCAUCAACUACCAAGGCCUGGACAACCUCUUGGCCCUGAAGGAGCUGCGGUCCCUGUCCCUGCAGCGCUGUCCCCAUGUGGAUGACUGGUGUCUCAGCCGCCUCUACCUGAUGGCAAACUCUUUGCAGGAGCUCUCAGUGGCCGGUUGCCCCCAAGUCUCAGAACGGGGCCUGGCCUGCCUCCACCACCUCCAGAACCUCCACAGAUUGGAUAUAUCUGACCUCCCUGCUGUAACCAACCCGAGCCUCACUCAGAUCUUGGUGGAGGAGAUGCUGCCCAACUGUGAGGUCAUGGGAGCUGACUGGACCCACAGCCUGAACCCACAACCAGAAGAUGAGUCUCAGGACAUAGCCAGCCCUUCGGCUCCUUCCCCAUCCAGCCGUAGCUCAGCGGGGUGACAUUGAGUGUCUGGCUCUCCUCCAGACUUCCAGAGUCACCGCAGGGGCCAGGUGGUGUGAAGGGAGGGACACUGGCAGGUCAGAGAGAAGGAGAGCCGGAGGCUGAGCUGCUUACUCCACACCGGAGGCUGUUCUGGCUUCCUGCACCCUGGGCUGCAAGUCACAGCUCCUGCCAUCCUGCCAGGCAGCCCUUCCACUCAUUUCUCUCCUUCCCAACUCUUCCCAGGCCUGCGAGUAAGAACUUCUGACUGAUAAGUAGCCCGUGGAGUUAUACUCUGCCCGGUAUUACACCGCCAUCACCCCCGGCUUGCCCACUGUUCUGUCACAAAAUAUCCUGAGAUUUUUCACACGAUCCUUUCUUGAGCCUGCUGCCAUUUCCUGUUGGCACCCUGGCAAGGGGCGCUGUGGCUCUGCAGGGAUCUCUCUUCCCCAUGAGGGGCUGCUGGCCACAGGGCCCCACAUCCCUGACCCACACUCCUGGCCCCACCUGGGUGUUCCUGCCCAUUAAUUUAUUGUCUCUCAGGCCGGGCAGUGGUGCACCUGGCAGAGUGCACAUCACAGUGCACAGGGACCUAGUUCAAGCUCCCGGUCCCCACCUGCAGGGGGAAACUUCAUAAAUGGUGAAGCAGUACUGCAGGUAUCUCUAUCGCUCUCCCUAUCUCCCUCCCCCUUCCCUAUCGUUCUCUGGCUAUCUCUAUCCUAAAUAAAUAAAAUAUUUGUAAACAAAAAAAA